AUCUUUAUAUUCGCGUCGUUAUUGAAGCUUGUCGCAAUCAGUUAUUUUGUAAUCGAGAGGAACACGAAUUACAAUGUGAGGAGGAUAAGCGAAAACAAAGCGUACAACAAAUACUGACAAAGCAAAAGCAUAACAACCGAACACACGCACACACACAUAUUGUGUAUCCGCAUGUUUCUAAUUGUGUUUGGAUAAUUUGGAUAAUCAACAUACAAAGCCCCGAAGUCGCAUGUCAUCACAAUGGCAGUGCUAUCGAAAUAUGUUGACCUUAUAGCGGAGAAAUAUGAACAGACGGGACUAUCGAAGCAGGCAUUUAGUUAUGCCCUCGUGGGUACAGCCCUAUUUGCAUUAACCAUCAAAGUGACAGUCCCAUUGAUCAAGAACUCGCAAUGCUCUGAAUCGAAGAAUCGUGUCAACAAAGGGGCAUUGACUCCGUCUGUAAUCGAUGGAUCCGACGAUGAUCUAAAGUUGGCCGAGGCCGAGAAGCUUUUGGUGGAACAACAGUUGAAGAAGAAGAAUUUGCGAAUGCUUGAGCCGGGCCUGAACAAGGAGUUCUUAAAGCAACUCGGCAUGCUAGUCAAAAUAAUGAUACCACAAAAGCUAUGCUAUGAGACCGGACUCCUAACUGUCCAUACAUUGUGCCUCAUCUCGCGCACGUUCCUCAGUAUUUAUGUGGCCGCAUUGGAGGGGGCGAUUGUAAAGUUUAUCGUCCGCAAGGAUGUCAAGCAAUUCGCCCUUGUAUUGCUCAAGUGGUUCGGCAUUGCGAUUCCAGCAACAUUCAUCAAUUCGAUGAUACGAUUUCUAGAAAGUAAACUGGCCCUAGCAUUUCGGACUCGUUUGGUACGACAUUCAUAUCGAUUGUACUUUAAGAAUCAAAACUACUACAGGGUAUCCAAUUUGGAUGGUCGCAUCGAAAAUGCAGAUCACAGACUCACCGAAGACAUUUCCGUUUUUGCAAGCUCUGUGGCCCAUUUAUAUAGUAGUUUGACGAAGCCCUGUUUCGAUCUGAUGUUAAUUGGUUUGGCUUUAAUGCGCUCCUCUAGAAGGAUGAAGGCCAACAUUCUAUCAGGUCCGGCAUUGUCAGUGAGUGUUAUUGCACUAACUGCUCAUAUACUACGAAUUGUUUCACCGAAAUUUGGACAACUCGUAUCGGAAGAGGCUAAUCGGUAUGGAUAUCUAAGGCAUAUACAUUCCCGAAUCAUAACGAACGCUGAGGAAAUUGCUUUCUAUGGCGGACAUAAGGUGGAGCUGCAACAGUUGCGACAGGCAUAUAAUCGCCUAGUUAAUCAAAUGAAUAAUAUAUUUAGCCAGAAGCUGUGGUUCAUUAUGCUGGAGCAAUUCUUUAUGAAGUAUGUUUGGUCUGGCACUGGAAUGGUGAUGGUAUCUCUGCCAAUAUUAACGGGUGCUACAGGUUCUUCCCGCACAACAACUGGAAUGAGUGGAACAUCAGCUGAAACUAGCGACUCGAAUGUUAGUGAGAGAACUCAAUAUCUGACGACGGCUAGAAAUCUGUUAAUUUCGGCAGCUGAUGCGAUAGAACGUUUAAUGUCAUCAUAUAAGGAAAUUGUGGCAUUAGCCGGAUAUACAUAUCGUGUAGCUGGCAUGUUGGAUGUGUUUGAGGAGACGGCUCAAGGGAUUUACAGCAAGGCAACGGUUGUGGAGAACGCUCUUGAGAAUGCUGGUAAUGGAAUCAUUGAGUUCCGCGAUGGCAAGCCCAUAGCAAAGGGUCGCAUCAUAUACACCGAGGAUGACAAUAAUAUGUCAAUUAGCCUACGAUCCGUGCCGGUCGUAACACCCAAUUGUGAUAUCGUUGUGCCAAGUUUGACACUGUGCAUCGAGCCAGGAGUUCAUUUAUUGAUAACCGGUCCAAAUGGCUGUGGAAAGUCCAGUUUGUUCCGUAUUUUGAGUGGACUGUGGCCAAUCUACGCCGGAGAAUUGCAUAUUCCGCGACCCGUUGAAAAUAAACCAUGCAUGUUCUACAUUCCCCAGCGUCCCUAUAUGUCUAUCGGUAGCUUAUGUGAUCAGAUCAUAUAUCCCGAUACGCGCGACGAUAUGAAACGCAAAGGCAUUACCGAAAAUCAAUUGAGAGACAUCUUGAAAAUGGUCAGCCUAGAGCAUAUUGCACAACGUGACAGCUUUGAUGUGGUGCGCGAUUGGAAGGACAUUCUCUCUGGAGGUGAAAAACAGCGUAUGGCUGUUGCGCGUCUAUUUUAUCACAAACCACGUUAUGCUUUGCUUGAUGAAUGCACAAGUGCAGUGUCCAUUGAUGUUGAGAGCUCAAUAUAUGAGAUAGCCAAGAGCAUGGGAAUUACAUUGCUGACAAUAACUCAUAGGCCAACCCUCUGGAAAUUUCAUACGCAUAUUCUUGAAUUUGACGGUCAAGGAAGUUGGAAAUUCAGAAAAAUGGAUUCUAAUGAACAGCAGAAAGAUCAAUUUAUUCAUUAGCUUUCACUUUGAGUAUUAUUAAGUAUAUUGUAAAAUCCGGCGUUGUCCGCAAUUUUCUAGAAAUAAAAUAUUGAUUAAAGCUCUGUACAGUUUUGAAAAA